AUGGAUCCAAACCCCGACACCCCCAACACAACCCCAACCCCAGGUCUCUUCCGCUACGUCCUCGGCUUCCUCCUCGUAGGCGCAGCAUGGGGCCUCACAACCCCCUUUAUGCGCCGCGCCGCCGUCGCUUCCUCAUCUACCGCAAAACCUGACUCUCGCGCUUGGAUCGAUCAUCCCAAUACGCCCUGGCUGAAAGCAAAGGUUUGGGGUGUGUUGUAUGGUGUGUGGGAUGUGCUGAGGAAUCCGGCGUAUGCUGUACCGUUGGUCAUCAAUCUGACGGGGAGUGUGUGGUUUUUUUUGUUGAUUGGGCAGGCUGAACUCAGUCUCACGGUGCCGAUUACGAAUUCGCUUGCUUUCUUAUUCACGGUGCUGGGAGAGUGGUGGGCGGAGAAGAAGGUCAUUACGAAAGAUACGUGGGUUGGUAUGGCUCUCGUCCUGGGAGGUAUCGGCCUUUGCGUGCAUUCCAAGAACACUUGA